AUGUCUGAUGCCUCCGCUAGGCUCACUGUCAAGGCAUUAGAAAGACGUGCAGAGUGGUGGUGGGGUUGUUUUGGUGCCAAGGCUGCAGCACUCAUAAUAAACGUAAUUCAGAUUGUUCGUGACCACCAGUUACGUAUACUUGUGCCUGUGGGUUUUGUCCUUGGAUGUUAUCUAGACAGAAAGACUGAUGAAAGGCUAACUGCCUUCUGGAACAAGAGUAUAUUGUUUAAGAGGGAAUUGAGAUGCAGUGAAAGAGUCACCUGGAAGUUUAGGCUGUGACUGAAUCCCAGAAUGUUCACAUUUUAAAAAUUAGGAGAGAAUUAAAAACACAUUCAUUAAAAAAAAAACAAAAAACGUGCAACUGUAAACCUGAUGGACCCUACGAGAAAAUGAGCUCCUGGUAACCUGAAGACACCUUUGGGAGGGCUUUAGGUUUCCAAGGGUCCAGGAGUUGGAGCCAAUGGUAUUUAAAUCUCAAAAAAAAAAAAAAAUGAUCUCAGCAAAAAAAUAGAUAUUAUUGUAUGGUUCUAGGAGUGAAGAAUUUCUUCUCUUUCUUUCAUCUUGAGUUACUUUCUUUUAUUUACCAACCUCUUCACUGUAUUUCAAGUUUAUUCUUUUCUUUUCUUGUCUCUCUUACUGACUAAUUUCCUCUGCCUAGUAACCUUUUGUUCUAUCCAAACCCUGGAGCCCCAAGAAGCCCUUCCCAUGUGUUUGUUCAUUUGCUGUUUUUCAGAUUCUACAUGUAAGUGAAAUCAUACCAUAUUUGUCUUUCUCUGUCUGACUUAUUUCACUUAGAUCCACUCUGCCCUGUAGAAGAGAAGUCCCUUUAAGCCUAGUGGCCAUGACUGGUUACUACCCACACUGGAGAAACAGAACUCAUACCCCACAGGAGGCCCCUAGAACAAUGACCUUCCUCCUGGCCUCCUGCCUUGUCCUUUAACUGUGAGGCUCCUCCCCAAGGACUGUUUGAGGCUCCCUUGUACUGAGGAGAUUUGUGAGCAAAUGACCUUUAACCCAGUGAGACUCUCGUCCUGCAAUCCCUGCUAAUCUUCUUAGGUGUUAAUAUUUAGCAUUACUUUGUACUACCCAAGUGCCAGGGACCGCAGCUGUCUGCAGCCUUAUCAGCAAAACCUGCUGAAAUCCUUCUCUUGCUUCUUUUCCCUGCUUGUUUGAUGGAGGUUUCUGCUCUGGCAAGGGGUCAGUAGAAGUGACACCCCUUUUUCAGUGGGAGGAACACACUUUAAAAGUCAGAGGUUUGAUGACGGGCACAGAAACUGUUUCUUGGAGUUGCUCUCUGACAAAGGAUAAUUAGUCUGUUAUUAAAGGCCUGUAAUAAAGAUACCAGUAAGGAAGGUGAUCAGUUCUCUUCCAACAUCAGAGAGUGGAUUCUGGCUUAGUAGGUCUGGGGUAGGGCCUGAGUUUCUGCACGUGUAAGAUGCUUCCAGAAGAUACUGAGCUGAUAUGCUGAUCUGGAGACCACACUUAGCAAGGAAAUGCUACUAAGUUGCAAGUAAGGUGAAGGAGAGCCUGUGGACGUAUUUCUGCAGCUCAGAGGGGCAGCAAAAAACUCUCAUUUUUUCCAGGCAUUUCCUUGUAGCAAAGAGCCUGGGCUUUUGGGACAAAGCUCUUUUCUAAUCUUUGCUUUCCACCUACUGGGUGGUCAUGGGCAAGUCACUUAGCCUCUCUGAGACUCAGUUUCCUCAUUGGUAAAACAGAGAGUGGAGGUAAUACAUGCCCUACUGAGUUGUCCAGGAGACUUUGUGACACAGUGUGUAUGAUGGCCUAGCAGAAUGCCUGGCACAUUUAGGCCCUCCGUAAAUGCGGCCAUGUCUCACUAUUGCAAGGAUGGAAUCGAGAGAACUGAACAAGAGCCUGCUGUCUUCAGCUUUAUAUUCAAGGUGUGGGCUUGGCUUUGUUUUCACAGGCCCAAAGUUAAACAGCAGUUUAGUGGGUGUGCUCCCCAUGUUCAGACAGUUUCUCUGCUUUGAUGGAUACACUUGAGUCACCCUAGGGCAAAAUGAAGUAAUGCUUUGGAAUUGUGAUGAGAAGGCCUCUUUCUUAUUAGCUGUCACACCCUCAGAUGUUAAAGCAGCUUUCAUAGACUUUUCUGUUAUUCAGUUUGUGUGACACCUUUGUCAUGGGUCUUUCUCAAGUGGCAGAAAAUGAAAAUAUCUCAUUGUUCCUAUGGGUUCAAGUCCAUUUUCUUGCCCUAUACACACAAAAAGCGUUUUCUUUGGAUACAUGUGCUCCAUUCCUAAGCCUCUGGCUUAUGCAGACUUCCUAGUUAAGCAACAAUACCGGCAAAUCCUUUAAAGUUCUGUUUGCUUGAACUUUCAAAUCACUUCAAAAUAACGACAGACUGGG